GCUUUUCAUCACUCCAUCACCCACCGGCUAUUUUUGCCCUGGAACACGGCGCCGCUACAAUGUCCCUCUCAUUUGAGAAUACUAAAUACGUCUUCGACGACAGCAAGCGGCCCGCGCUGCCCUACGUCGAGGGCGCCUGCUUCGAGAUCAAACGCCACAAGCCGCUCACACCAUUCGACAACGGCAAAUGUUACGAGCCCCCAGAGCCAGAGCCAGCCAGCCUCAGUAAGCCCUUGCUCCCAGAGGACAUCCUGCCUCCGAGUAAGAUUGUAGACCCAAUCGACCAUCUAACACCCUGGGACGAGUCAUCAUCCGACCCAAGCAAAAUCCCACCCAACACAAUCACCGAGAGGUAUCUCAGGCAUCAACCCAGGAAGACGGAGCCCCAUGAGGAUGGGAAGGUACGCCAGCUCGAGAUCCUCCACCAGAUCAGGGUGCGCGACGGCGCCUACGCCCAGGUCGUGCAGUGUCGUGUAGACGGCAUACAGGGCCUCCUUGUGGCCAAGAUCUUCGACCCGCUAUACAGGUGGGAUGAUGUGCACCUAGACGAUGACUGGUCUCCUGUAGGCUUUGCUGAGUCUGAGUGGUCCCGCGAGGCCGCCGCCUAUGAGCGGAUCCGGGAGCGUGGGCUUGACGGCAGGUACACACCACGCUUCGAGGGGUGCUGGUCCUUUGACGUGCCGUGGGAGCUCGAGCUGGAACCGGCUAGCAAUACUACCACCAACUGUGCAACCACCGGCGGCGGGCCCCAGUCAAGAAGAAAUGAAGAAGGCCGACAGCAAGGGUUCAAGGUAACCCGCAAUGUGCGCCUACUCCUAAUGGAGUACAUCCCGGGAGACAGUAUACUAAACCUGCUUGAGACGGGCGCCUAUCGUGGUAUCCCGUCUGCCGUCCGUAUGGACCUGUUGGCGCGUGUUGCCGAGGCCCAAAGUGCACUGUGGUACAUACGCGUCUCCCAAGGCGACCGACACACACGGAACGUUAUGGUCGGUAACUAUAUGGAGGACGACGAGGCAGACGACGUUGGCGGCGCGAAACACCCUUCGUCCCCCUCUUCCUUGCACCAGGCAAAUGGCGAAGAGCGGCCCCAAAAUGGCCAAAAACGAUCGGACGGACAAGAACGAGGCGGCCAGAAGUGGCGCGUUGUGCUUAUCGACUUUGGGAGGUCCGUGGUACGGGACCUCCCGAACGCCUGUAUUAACAUUAGAGGCCGGGUUUUUCCUGAGGGGAAGCUACCACAGAACCCAAUGACCAGGUGUAAGGGCUCGUGGCCGGUCUACCCGCUCUGUCUGAAGCCCGGUACGCAGCACGAGGCCAACUGGGUUGACAAGAAGUACGACAGCUUCGAAGCGAUGCGCAAGUGGAUGGAGGCGAGGUGGGGCAAGGACAGCACAAGAGCCCACCUGUAUCAACCGAUAGAAUAUGAUAAAUUGUGCAAACCACCCAGCAACGAGGAAAAGGUCGAAAACUAGGGUGGCCGAUCAACAAAGUUGGAGCUGCAGCACGGGAAGCCAUACGGCUCGUGUCAAGGUUUGGCCACAGGCAUGUUUAUUGGUUUGAUCGAUAAGCACGGAUGGGCCCGCGGAACAGCACAAGUUCAUUGAACCGCGCCGUAUUGGCACUCCCAUAAAAACAAUUCAACGGCUGAUCGUCAGUGUAUGUACCGCGAAGACCAAUCCAUGGAUCUCCAGGCUACUAGAUCUGGCUGGGUGACACUCUCUAACGACGCCCACGCUCCACCGCUACCUCGUUUCGUCUUAACAGCUGACUUCCGUUUCGACUCAUGACCGCAAAGACGAAAAGCGAGGUCACAAUAUCUUUGGCAAUCUAAUACCAGCGAACACUGAAGAGAAACCUGGGGCGCAGCAGUACGUGACGCCAGCUGCCAUCUGAGUGAUGUCCCAAAUCGAUAAAAGAAUCCUCCUAUCUGGAGGCACGGGAAGGUUGGCCAGCUCGCUUCCUUGUGCUUGCAGCCAGUCCACGAUCGUUAGAAAAUAC